GAUAUGAGUUAAUAUAGUCACAGUUACAGGCAUAAACUUAGUAAAUCUGAAUUUCCACGACGGAGGUAGUCAUGCCAACGUAGAUCGGUUCGCAUUAUUUUGACCUUACCACAAGUGCAUACCAUUUUUGACUUCAAAGGGUUCCCCAGUGAUGCGGUUGCCAUAGCUUACUUCUAACAAGAUGGAUGACUUCCUUAACAGCGAUAGCUGUGUUUCUCUUUCUUCGACAUUUGAUAUAUUGUUGGAGUAACUAGCGUCACCAUCUCAAAUAGGUUUGGUUCUGCGUUACGCGGUUAUAAUUAAUCGAUAAAAACGAAUAGCACGACUUCAGGGUUAGCUGAUACGAACUAAGUGCUUUGGAAGUGCAUGAAUUUCCAUAGGAAUCGUGCGACAACCUCAAAUCAGGUAGUAAAUGCGUCUUUGAGGACAGAUGGCAUUUCUAUUCAACAUGGAGUGGUCUCGUUCGGUAGGAACGGAAUACGUUGCAGUUGCACUUACACAAGAUUUGUGUAGACUGCCUCAUGUUUAAGAGAAAAAUUUCCUUCCCAGAGUGUGGGAUCUUCUUCGAUGCGUUCCUUAAUAGGUUUCUUACAAUACGAUGAGGCGUGAUUUAUAGCAUGUGUGCUGAUGUCAUAUAUAUCAAGAAGAGAAAAGCAGACGUAUGGGGGGAGAUGGAACGUGUUAAAUAAAUUUUAGAAUUCACUCUUCGUACCUUUCAGUGGCACCUUUGCGGCACUAUUAUAUGCGCGUUUUGUUUGUAAUUCAUAUCUUUUGUGCUUGGCUUUGUUGUAUGAUGACCCUGAUGGCAUUUUGGUAACUCAUAUGAGGUGCUUACCAAUUCAUGAUCUCGCUGAGGGAAUUACUUAUUUUGUUGAGAGGGCUGAAUAUUAAACUUGUGCUAUCGUAGAGGAAAACAAUACUGUUUGUCUUUUUAGACAUUCUACGGAUUUCAUUUAAACACACGUAUAAAUAAUAAAACCAUAUACAUCUUUAAGCAUAUAAAAAUACAUAUAGCAACACCAAAAGGGUAAUUUUUUUUUGAACCGAAUACGUCUGCAAUGGAUAAAGAACUCGAUGCGAACCUUACUAAGGAAUGUAAGGCAGUAGAAACCACGGGACACGACCUACCUCUACGCACGCAUAGCAAUGACAAUUUGCUAAAGAUCGAUACCCAUGAUCUGUAUUCAACCGUUGCUGCCAUCAAAAAGCUAAUCGCGAAAGAGGCACCAGACGCAACUAACACAACUCCAGGGCAGCCUUUUCUGCAAGGGAUAAAACGAAUGAAUAAAAAUCCAAAGACGCCUUAUCUUUUCAUGGCCUUCGACAGCGCGGAGAAUCGCCAAGCGGCCUUACAGCUUCUGCAGAGGAUGUCUUACCGGGGAAAGCCAUGGAAUGAGCUUCCCGUCACCGAGCGAGACCUCAGCCUGACACAUAAAGGUGGUGUGAAGCGAGCUCGCACGAACUCAGAGGGCAACAAGUUGACGGAGUAUGAUAUCUACCCUAUAGAGCGGCAGCUGGAGCUUAAGAGGAUGCAUUGUCUCUCGGUUAUGAAAUCGAUCCUGCCCUCAAAGGUAUACGGCUGGGAGACGUAUGCUAAGCGGUUCUUGGGAAUCCUAGAAAGUCCACUUACAGAGGGAUACCGAAACCACGUCAACCUGUCUUUCGGCUUCGGCGAGAAUGGAAACCCAACCAUAGGGUUUCAAACGGGUUCUUUAGUGGAGGGAAAAGUUACCAUCGAAUCGGCUGUGGACCCGCAGAAAAAUAUCCCGACCAUGAAUGCGGUGGCCAGAGUGGUGGCUACAUCCGUUAUGGGUGUGUAUGAAAGUUUUGCCUCUCAUGGCGUAACGAUGUUUGAUAAAGUUAAGGGGAAUGGGUUUUGGCGAAAGAUGCAGGUUCGACAUAACACAUUAGGCCAAGUCAUGAUUGAUUUGGAGCUUGACGAGGAUAGUGUUCCCACGGAGACUUUUGAGGCGAUCAAAAAGAGUUUGGUGCAGGCCCUGUGUAAUCCCAAGGUUGAAGAACAGCUGCAGGAGGUUUGGGCCGCCAAAACUGCUGGCGUGAUCAGCCUGCAAUACCAUAAACACACAGGAAUUAGAUCAUUACCUGAGGAUGCGCCGCGUAUAGUUUUGUCUGGGUCUAGUACUCUUACGGAGCGUCUUUGCGGAACGCAAUUGGAGAUUAGUCCGACUGAUUUCUUUCAGGUUAACACUCAAGGAGCGGAGAGGAUGCUUGAAAAGAUAGUUGAAGUCGCCGAGCUUCGUUCCUCUAGUACGCUUCUUGAUCUGUGCUGUGGGACUGGAACAAUUGGGCUGGUCUUAUCACCUCAUGUGAAAAAGGUUAUUGGCAUUGAGCUGGUAAAAUCUUCUGUAGAAAACGCGCAGCGCAACGCUCAGCGAAAUGGGAUUCACAAUGCAGUAUUUCAUGCUGGCCGUGUGGAAAAUGUUCUGCCGACAAUUAUUCGCAACUUAACACUUGAAGAGCGCAAGGAUAUCACAGCCAUUCUGGAUCCUCCACGGGCUGGUGUGAAUGGUACCGUGUUGAAGUGGAUCCGAGGCACCUCAACGAUUCGUCGGGUGGUGUACAUUUCCUGUGAACAGAAGGCCCUUGAGCGAGACUGCGCCGGCCUUAUGAAGCCUGAAACGAAGGCCUACCGCUGCGAGCCGUUUGAGGUAACUGCCGCCUUUGCGGUUGAUUUGUUUCCACAUACACACCAUGUAGAGAUGAUAGUAGUCCUAACACGACGUGAAAUAACGCCAGAGGGUGGAGCUCCGAAAGUCGGAGACGAUGAACCGCCGACGGAAGUUUCGCAAGUGGAACAACUAAGCGUGAAGGAAUAA